CUUUGAUCCCAAUCGCCUUUCCGUCACUCACGCCCCUUGCAUCCGCUCUGUUUCCUUCUUUAACAUUUAUUGUCUCUUCUGCAUUCUUUAUUCUUUAGAGCGGCCCCUGUAAUAGAGUUGGUCCCGCCAUGGCCACCACGGGCAACAACAUCAAAGUUGUUUGUCGAUUUCGACCUCCCAACGCGAUAGAACAACGUGAAGGCGGAGAAAACGUUGUCGCGUUCGAUGACAAUCUCACCACAGUUAAAUUACGGUCGACCUCACUCACGUCGGGUCCCGAGAAGGAUGGUUUUACUUUCGACAGAGUCUUUCCAAUGGGAACGAAGCAGCACGAGGUAUUUGACUAUGGCGUGAAGGAAUACAAUGUCCUAGAUGGGUACAAUGGUACCGUCUUCGCCUACGGCCAAACGGGGAGCGGGAAGACUUUUACUAUGAUGGGUGCUGACAUUGACUCUGAUGAACUCAAGGGUAUAAUUCCUCGAAUCACUGAACAAAUCUUCCAGUCCAUCGUAGAGAGCGACGCACACUUAGAAUACCUCGUCAAAGCGUCGUACAUGGAAAUUUACUUGGAGAAAAUCCGUGAUUUGCUGGCCCCUCAGAACGAUAAUCUACAAGUUCAUGAAGAGAAGUCAAAAGGUGUAUACGUCAAGAACCUGUCCGACUACUAUGUCAGUAGUGCAAGAGAGGUGUAUGAAAUAAUGCGAACUGGUGGUGAAGCACGAGUUGUAUCAUCAACAAACAUGAAUGCCGAAUCGUCUCGGUCUCACAGUAUUUUCCUCAUUACUAUCGAGCAACGCAAUACGGAGACCGGCGCUCGGAAGACCGGAAAUCUUUACCUUGUCGAUCUUGCCUGGACAGGCGCUUCUGGCCAGACGUUGGAGGAGGCAAAGAAAAUUAAUAAAUCUUUGUCUGCUCUUGGCAUGGUUAUCAAUGCUUUGACUGAUGCGAAGGUCAAAUACAUCCCCUACCGUGACUCCAAACUUACGCGCAUCCUUCAAGAGUCGCUUGGAGGAAAUUCACGCACCACCCUCAUCAUUAACUGUUCACCGUCAUCUUACAACGAAGCCGAAACUUUGUCUACGUUACGUUUUGGUAUCCGAGCAAAGUCGAUCAAGAACUCUGCCCGUGUCAACGCCGAACUGUCGCCUUUGGAACUCAAGGGACUUCUCAGUAAAGCGCAGGCUGCCAACGCAUCGUACCAGAAAUAUAUCGCCGCCCUUGAAGCAGAGCUUGCUAUCUGGCGUUCUGGCGGACAUGUCGAAGAGGUGGAGUGGGCCACGCCAGGAAAACAUGGCGCACCUGCAGCACCUGCCACAGCACCUACAAAGAAGACUCCUUCAUCUUCAUCGCCGUCAACUCCGGCUUCCUUAUCACGCAGUUUGACGCCAGUUCCUGUCAACCCCGCUAUAGAGGGAUUGCGAUCUGACGAUAGCCGUCCUCAAACGCCAACCGUAGUUGGUCUAGAUAAGGACGAGCGCGAGGACUUUUUGAGGAGAGAGAAUGAGAUCAGUGACCAACUGGCCGAGAGGGAGAGCUCUUUAGUCGCAGCAGAGAAGCUCGUCAAGGAGUUGAAAGAAGAGCUUGCGUUUUUGAAGGAACAGGAAGCUGCCGUCAACAAGGAGAACAAGUCGAUGUCUAGUCAGAUCAAUGAGCUCAGACUGCAAGUUGAACGAUUAGAUUACGACAACAAAGAGGAUGUCAUUACAAUAGACAUCCUCAAGGAACAGAAUGCGGAUAGCAAGAACGAACUGGAGGAACUGAAGAAGCAGAUUGCGGAACUCAAGUCUGCGCAGAAAGAAUCAUCUGCUGAAGACAAGGAGAAACGCAAGCAGGAAAAGAUGGCGCUGAUGAUGGCGAAAUUCGAUACUCAAGGUGCCUUUUCCGAGAAAGAUGAUCAAUUGCGGCAGAUUCUCGCGAAGUUAGAUGCCGCUGACUCUGUUUCCUCACUAACGGCGGAUGAUCUCACGGCAAUUAGAAGGCAAUUGGCCGAAGGCCAAAGCCUCGUUAGAGAGACCGUUGACCGACUUAGACAGAGUCAGGAGGAAAACGAAAUGAUCAUACGCAGGAGAGAUGAACUAGAAAGUCGUGUUGCCUCUUUGGAAACUGAAUACGAAGAACUUCUUGAGAAGACCAUCCAUGACGAAGAAACCAGUAAUGUUGACAUUGCAGAGUCUAUGGCUGAUCUCAAGAACAAACUCGAGGCACAAUAUGCGGCGAAACGUGAUGCUCAUCUGAGCGAAGUCGUAGAUCUUAAGCAACAGCUUGACAUGAGAGCGAACGAGGUCCGAAGUUUGAAUGCUUCCAUUGAGAGUUUGAAGAGUGUCAACGAGGAACUUAAGCGCGCCUUUGCCGUAACAUCCGCCGGUAUUGAAGGUGGCAAGAACCUUGCCGAGAGCGCCCAAGAUCUCGAACGCACACGAAAGGCCAUCAACGUUCAAUUAGCGGAAUUCGAUGGUGUCAAGAAGUCUCUCAUGCGAGAUUUGCAAAAUCGGUGUGAGAAGGUCGUUGAGCUGGAAAUCCAGUUGGACGAGAUCAAGGAGCAAUAUAACAACGUCAUUCGGAAUAGUAAUAGCAAAGCCCAGCAGAAGAAGAUGGCUUUCUUAGAACGCAAUUUAGAGCAAUUGACACUGGUACAGAAACAGCUUGUUGAUCAGAACUCCUCCCUGAAGAAGGAGGCUGGAAUUGCAGAACGCAAGUUGCUUGCACGAAACGAGCGGAUACAGAAUUUGGAAGCCCUCCUUCAAGACGCUGACCGAAGAUUAUCCGUGCAGAACCAGAAAUUCGAGGCACAGCUUCAAGCUGUUAAGGAGCGAUUAGAUCAGGCUCGCGCACAAAAGGCGGCGACAACGUCUUCGUUAACUUUCGGUCGUAUCGCUAAGCCUCUAAGAGGUGGGGGUGGGACUGCGCCUCCGACAUCAGUGCCUGUGCCCAUCAGUGGAGGUGGUGGCUCCAAUGCCAACCCAUUGGCUAGACUCCAGAACGAAGAAACAGGGUAAGUUGGAUCAUCUAUAUCUUGGUCCGAACAACAUUAACCGUCAUUGGCAUUCGCCGUUCGCUUUGACAGUUCCGGAG